AGGCCUUACUGGUACAUUAUUUAAACUGUUAUGUUUAUUAAUAUCAUGAUCUGAUCACCAUGCUCAAUAUAUCCCAUAUGCAUGAGGAUAUUGGGACAAUGAUACAAAAGGCUUGCUAGAGUAGAUCCUGAUCCCCACCCCGAAUCAAACUGAGCCCCCCACCCUCGAAUCAAAAUCCUGGCUACGGGCUUGGUUGAGGGAAAUUAUCUCCUGUUAUCUUCUGACGUUGCAUAGAAAAAUCAAGGUGAUAGUUCUUGUAGUUGUUUUAAAUGUUUUUAAAAACUUUAAAAAUUCACCAAAAAUCCACGGAUAAGUCAAACGUCAUGAAAUUUGGUGGGCUAACAGUGGUAAAUUUGUUCUACCACUGUAUCAAGAUUCACUGCAAUAGCUUUAAAAAUGGGGGAGAUAGAAGCCUCUGAAGUUUCCCCACUGUCAGUAAUGUUUUCCUUAAUGUGCAUGUAUGACCACCAUUAACGGAGUACUUACGAAGAUUUGGAAGUUUCUUAAAGUUUUGAUUUUUUUUUAGAAAGGAUUUUAGAAAUGAAGCACCAGCGCACCCUCAUUUUGAACACAGUUUAGAAUCAUGUUUUUGGGGGGAUCUUACAUGCCUAUCAUUCUGAAAUUGCACCAGUUUCAAAAGAUAAAGAAAAUGUUCAGCUUCUAGUAAAUGUCCUUUAAAAAUCAAAAUAUAGUAGGCUGGUAAUAUAUUUUCUUCAAUAUAAAAUGAUAAACCCUACUGAGCGUAAUAUGGUGUAGUGACAAAUGUUGGACUAGGACUCUGAAAGAUUAAAGUCCUUUUUCAGCUAUUUUGAUCCAUUGGGUUACCUUGGCAAAUCAUAUUCGCACCCUUAGAGAAAAGACAUUAGGAAACAUCUGGUGUAAUCUUGCCAAGAAUACCCUAUCAUGGGAUGAUAACACCAUUUGGGCCAUUUUCUAGACUCAUUCUCUUUCUCCUGAUGUGCAAUGUAUGUUAUUUAUGUUGGUAGGAAGUACAAACCAAGCUGCAUGUCAAUGACUGUGCCAUUCCAGUGGUACCUCUUCUUUAUGAUGAGACAGAAAUCUCAGCCAAUUCAACCUCUUCACCUGGAAUCAAUGUGAUGCUGGCAAAUGCUUCGGGUGUCUGCCUCCCAUACAAGUCUCAUUUGCUUUUAUAGUGAGAGUCAUUUUUAGACUGCAAAUCCAUACCCGGCCACAUUUCACAGAUAUGUUCAAAAUGGCAAAUGUUUUUUAAUGAAGAACAACACACAAACUAAAAGAGGCUGCAGCAGUUUGCUUUUCUGUGAGUAUGCACCCUCCUUUCCUAUCUUUUGCACUUUGAUCUCAAUUUGCAGCAGUUAAGGUAUGUUGAGGACAAAGGGGGAUGAGGAGGAUAUUUUAAAAAGCUGAAAAAUUGGGGCGACAGGAUUAAUCAGGAGUGUUCCUACCAAAUUUGGAUCGUUGGAGGGCAAGAAAUUCCCAAGAUAAUGAAAUCUGGGCAUGAAAUCCAGAAAGGAGCUUUUCCAAGCUGUCUCAUAGGCACAUCAAAACUUCUUUAGUAGGUGACAACUUUGUCUGUAUUCAUAACAGUCUUUUGAAAAUGGUUGAAAUGAAGUCAUGCACUCAGAAGAGCUGAAAACCCAGGAGAUUACUGAAUCCUGGAUUGGCAACUACAAUGAGUAGGACAGCGCUUGUUUAUCUGAAAUGGAGCCUAGCUACAGGGCUACAGAAAUGGGAAUGAAUCCAUCUGUCCAAUAGGCUUUUUGCAUGGUCCCUGCUCUUCAUUCUUCUUAGACUGUGCCCUAUUGGUUACGUCUGGUGCAUGGAAUUCAGCAUUGUCUGUGUUCCUGAGCUUUGUGAUGGCAUUAUAGCUUUUGAGAAUUGCCUUAUUUCCUGCUAGUGACAGCCAUUGUUAGUGAGAGAUUGACCAGGUUGGCUUUAGCGGCUAGAUGAGGCUCUGGUUUUUGCUACUGCUUUUGACAGGGAGAGUAUGGCUCAUGCCAGAUUAUAAAAGAAAACGGAACACAUCAUCCUGUUGGGAAGUUUGUCCAGUCUCAAAUGUCUGUAGAAGAAUUGGGCUUUUGGCACCAAACACAGAGGUCACUGAUCUUGUGUUCUUCCACUGCAGGCUCAGUCAAUCUGUUCCUGACGAGUUCACUGCACCCUUGGAGCUUCAUCAGAAGCACUUUGGCUUAGUAGACGAUUAUGGCAUUAAACCACAGCAUCUCAAGUUCGGGAGGAAAUGGAAACUACGCAGGGAAUCAGAAAAACUGAAGAAAGCACAUAAGACCAAGCGAGAUGAGCCAAAUUUUGAAGAGUAUUAUGAUGAUGAUCUCUUUUAACCUCCCUGUGGAUUAUGACAGUACAGCACACCUUGGUUGACUUUCCAACAGCUGAUUUAUAGCCUAUACAAAAAAAGGCAAUGCCUAAUAAUCUCAAUUCCUACUGCUGUCAUUUCAUAUGAUUCAAAUUCCUUUGCCCUUUUGCUCAUGAAUCUCUUAUGUGUUCUCAUGUUAUAUUUAAAAUGCCAAAUUAUAUGUAGAUGUAUUCAUUAUUUGCAAUGUUUUUAUAGCAUUAGCAUGUGUACAUUUCUAAUGAAAUACUGACUCAAUUAUUUGAGUUUUCUUAGUGUGGCAUAAAUAGCAUUUUAAUGGA